CUCGGUUUUGCACAAGCCGGCCUUGAAAUCAGAGCCUUUCCAGCAACUCCGAGAGCGUGUGCUCGGCGACCGCGGGCUUGGCCAGCGGCGCGCGCUCGGCGCCCCGGCGCCCCCAGCCCCACGCGCGCCGGGCGGGCGCCAUGGAGGAGGGCUCUAGCUCGCCCGUGUCCCCCGUGGACAGCCUGGGCACCAGCGAGGAGGAGCUCGAGCGGCAGCCCAAGCGCUUCGGCCGGAAGCGGCGCUACAGCAAGAAGUCGAGCGAAGAUGGCAGCCCGACCCCGGGCAAGCGAGGCAAGAAGGGCAGCCCCAGCGCGCAGUCCUUCGAGGAGCUGCAGAGCCAGCGCAUCCUGGCCAACGUGCGCGAGCGCCAGCGCACCCAGUCGCUCAACGAGGCCUUCGCGGCGCUGCGCAAGAUCAUCCCCACGCUGCCCUCUGACAAGCUGAGCAAGAUCCAGACGCUCAAGUUGGCCGCCAGGUACAUAGACUUCCUCUACCAGGUCCUGCAGAGCGACGAGAUGGACAAUAAGAUGACCAGCUGCAGCUACGUGGCCCACGAGCGCCUCAGCUACGCCUUCUCCGUGUGGCGCAUGGAGGGCGCGUGGUCCAUGUCCGCCUCCCACUAGCGCCGCGCCACCCACCUCCGGACCGGCGCGCCAGGGCUGUCCGUCGCGUCGGCGGCGCAAGUGGAGUUGGGAUGCAUUCGAGUCUGUAACUUCUGAAACCUGAACAACCUCAGGAGGCCCCCACCUCUGCCCUCCACCAGCGUCGAGAGAAGGGACAGCAGUGACAUCGGACAGAAGACCCGGGCUCCCGUCCUCCCCCAGGACGGUCCCCACAUAGGAAGGGCACUCCCAGCCCUCUUGCUGGUGACAUUGUCACGGUCAUCUUGUCUGUUUGGAUUUUUCUUCUGGGUCUUAUGUUUGGGGGGAGGUUUAUUCUUUCUGAAAAUGUCUAGAUUCAGGAACACAUUUAUGAGGAUUUGGAUUUUGAAUUUGUAUUUCCCUCUAAGUGCCUUUUUUAAUGUCUAUUUUUUUAAUAAAACAGAAAUGCAUUCUUGUACGAUUCUGUUGAAACUGGACCAAGGCUCUCAGAAGAGGACCCCGAGUUCCUUCCCCUCCCCCGAGCCUCUGCAUGAUUGUUCCAAGUCAGCCUGGAAUUCUUAUUUUCAUGCCGCUAUUCUUUUUCUUUCUCCAUGAUUGCUCGGCUAGCCAUUUUUAAAAAAUAUUCUUUGUUCAGUGUAUAUGUUGCUUGUUUGUUUUAUUUAUUGAGAUAUUUUUACAAGCUAAGUGACUGCAGUGUGGCUGUGUAUCCUUCUCCCCACCCAGGAAAAAUAAAGAUGUCCGCGCAGCCAUGG